AUGGGUUCAAUAAGUAGAUAUCUUCUGAAGAAAGCGGCUGAUGGGCUUAAAGAUCAGCAAAGAUUGAAGAUUGAAAUGUCCAACAGCAAAAAACUUCCGGAAUGCUUUCAUUUCAAUAGGGAAAGAAGAAUGCCCGUAGUUCAAAUAAGCAGUGAGGAUGGGUUUUUCAUUUUUCCAUCCCAGCAGUCUUUUGAAUAUUUUGAAAAGAGUAAGAAAGAUUCGUAUGAACUUCGUCCAGACGCAAUUGGUAUCCCAUUAUUUCAAAUGAUUAGUUGCAUCACACCGUUUUGCAAAACAGGUCGCCACGACAAGAAGGUCAGCUAUGUGCCGUACUAUAAAAUUUUCAAAUUUGUCCUAAGAACUGCCGAUGAGCCUCCGCCUUAUGCUGUAACGAAAGCCGUUGCCUCAAACAACGGACUUGUGUUGUACAAAGAACCAAUUUAUGACAUAUAUGAAAACUGCGGCCGAACCGACAUAAAAUAUGAAUUCGAAGGAGCUAUGUCUACAGAACCCAAUUCACUAACGAUGGCCCAUCGAGAUGGGUACAGGGACUUGGACACUAAGGUCAAUGGUCUAAAUCUUAGAUGGCAUGUCACUUAUUCGCCAGUAAUCACCAACGAUCAUUAUAAGCUAACUCUGCUGGAAAAUUAUGAAGUAAAUCGCUUAGAUGAAGAUGUAGUCAAAAUCUCUAAAAAUAGGAUGACCUUCGAUCGGCAACGCCAAAAAGAUGAGAGAUUCGUUGCUGCUCAUUAUACUAGAGAAUUUGUCACAUCUCUUUUUAGACGGGUUUCUCAAGAGGGCCAUUUAAUCCUUGGCGAACAUUGCACUGACCAAGGAUCAUUCGGAUUGAAUAAUAUUCCAUUAUUAACAGAAGAACUUGCGUGUCAAGGCCUACUUAUUCAUUAUAUAGAAUACAUGAAGAGGAAACGUAAAGAUAGACUCGCAAGAGAAAGAAGGCCACAAAACGGAAUGAACCUUGCGAACCAGAUGAACAUGAUCAUUUUCCAGACGAACAUGAACACGAACAUGAACAUGAACAUGAACAUGAACAUGAACAUGAUGUAA